CGUCAGGUUUCCCCGAGCAGUUUUCUUUGGAAGUACUGGUCAGGCUAGUGACUGGCCCUUUUCACUUCUCCGGCCCUGAAACGGUAGCUGAUGGAGCUUUCUUACCAGACCCUCAAAUUCACGCACCAGGCACGGGAAGCGUGUGAGAUGAGGACAGAAGCACGGCGAAAAAAUCUCCUUAUUUUGAUUUUGCAUUACUUAACACAAGAAGGAUACAUCGAUGCAGCCAAUGCUUUGGAGCAAGAAACUAAACUGGGGUUACGACGCUUUGAAGUUUGCGACAACGUUGACCUUGAAACUAUUUUAAUGGAAUAUGAGAGCUACUAUUUUGUAAAAUUUCAGAAAUAUCCCAAAAUUGUCAAAAAGGCAUCAUCAGACACAGUGGAAAAUAAUUUACCACAAAGAAGUGGAGGGAAGACCAGAAGAGUGAUGAGCGACAGCUGUCAAAAUCUUCCCAAGAUCAGUCAGCAGAGGCCACGAUCCAGAACCACAGCGGGGAAAUCGGGGGAUGCCAAAUCCCUCCAUAAGGAGCAUCCUAAACAGGAGGCUGUCAAUAAUCCCCACGCGGAGAGUGCUGACUUUGGCUUGAGCAUAUCAGGAAUCAACAAAGGCAGUGGAGAAGAAAAUGUCCGCCCACAAAAAGGCCAAAUCGUUGACUUCCGAGGGCUGCUCACAGAUGCCAUCAAAGGAGCAACCAGUGAACUUGGCUUGAACAGCUUUGACUGUAACCCAGACCCCUCAGAACGAUUGUUGAAACCUCUGAGUGCAUUUAUUGGCAUGAAUAGUGAGAUGCGAGAAUUGGCAGCCGUGGUGAGCCGGGACAUUUAUCUCCAUAAUCCAAACAUAAAGUGGAAUGACAUUAUUGGACUCGAUGCAGCCAAGCAGUUAGUCAAGGAAGCUGUUGUGUACCCUAUCAGGUAUCCGCAGCUGUUUACGGGAAUCCUUUCCCCCUGGAAAGGUCUACUGCUGUAUGGUCCUCCAGGCACAGGAAAGACCUUACUGGCUAAAGCUGUGGCCACGGAGUGUAAAACCACCUUCUUUAACAUUUCUGCAUCUACCAUUGUCAGCAAAUGGAGAGGGGAUUCAGAAAAACUUGUUCGGGUGUUAUUUGAACUUGCCCGCUAUCACGCCCCCUCCACCAUCUUCCUGGACGAGCUGGAGUCAGUGAUGAGUCAGAGAGGCACUGCUCCUGGUGGAGAACAUGAAGGAAGCCUUCGGAUGAAGACAGAAUUACUGGUGCAAAUGGAUGGCCUGGCUCGCUCAGAAGAUCUCGUGUUUGUCUUAGCAGCCUCUAACCUGCCAUGGGAGCUGGACUGUGCCAUGUUACGCCGCCUGGAGAAGAGGAUACUGGUUGAUCUCCCCAGCCGGGAGGCCAGGCAGGCCAUGAUCCACCACUGGCUGCCCCCUGUGAGCAAGAGCAGAGCCCUGGAGCUGCGCACGGAGCUGGAUUACAGUGUGCUGAGCCGGGAGACGGAGGGCUACUCGGGCUCAGACAUUAAGCUCGUCUGCAGGGAAGCAGCCAUGCGGCCUGUGAGGAAGAUCUUCAGUGCCCUUGAAAAUCACCAGUCAGAGAGCAGCAAUUUACCUGGAAUCCAGCUGGAUACAGUGACCACUGCUGACUUCUUAGAUGUGCUAGCUCACACCAAGCCUUCAGCAAAGAAUCUGACUCAGAGAUACUCAGCCUGGCAAAGUCAGUUCGAGUCUGUAUGAAAUCACACCGACCCUGACCGGGCCACAGAGAGCACCACGGAGGCCUUGCCAUUUAUUAGUGUAAGCGGGAGAAGAACAUGAUGGUUGGGAGAGAAAAGAAAAAAUUAUACUUGAAGACUGAGUUCAUUUGAACAACUCGACUGUUUUGGAAAUGAGAGAUAUUUUUGUUAAUCUUUCCUGCCUGAUGCCAGCAGAAAUGGAAGAUGUCAGUUACAGGUAUAUAGGCUAUUAGUCGCGCAAUGCAGACUUCUCCCCCUUCCACUGAGACUCCCUACACUUUGAUGAACGAUUUCUUGCGGUGUUCCGCGUUUGUGAAUUGG